UGGCAUCGCUUGGACGUGAGCAUUUUUUCUCGGCGAGAACCAUCGAGGACCAUCCUCGACCAACGAGCAAAAAAAGCACGCACGAAACCGAACAAUGCACGGGAAAUGGACGUCCGAGCGACGGCGAGUUUGGGCUCAAGUUUUGUGCAAAGGCGGAGCGGCGGCGCGGCUGAGCCUUGAUGGGCCGGGCAUGUCGGACGAGCUCAGCGCGCCCAUCCGCCUAUGGCGCGGGCAUUCGGGCGUGCCCGUCCCUCCUGAGGCGCUUCCCCAGGCGCCGAGGAGCCGCUGGACACCAGGUCGCCUGCGCCAGUUGAUGCAGACCAUCCCAGCCGCCGCCCUCUACCCAGAGCUGGUGUCGCGGGCGUGCGACGUGCUGGAGAGAUGGUGCUCCGAGGCGGAGGUUUAUCCGUAAACACCGCUUUGGGGACCGACGUUCGGGGACGUCGGCACGCGGUGGAUGUGGGCUGGCCACAAAUGGCGGGUCUAUUUUCCACCACUACCACCAUAAAGUGGAGGGGGAGGGGGUCCUCCUCCUCCUCCUCCUCCUCCUUCUCCUCCUCUUCGUCCUCCUCCUCCUCCUCCUCGUCCUCCACCUCCUUCCCCCCUCCAACUCUUGGUGGUGGUGGUGGUGGAAGACAGGCACAUAAAAAAACCCUGUCCGCCGCCCGCUGGGGUCCCAGGACGCCGGCUCCCUUGGCGGUGGAUAUGGAUACAUGCCCGCCUCGCAGGUACGAGCGCUUCUCGCUGAAGGUCUGGUCUCGCUUCGUCCACUUUGCCGACUCUGGCGUCGGGCGAAGCCACCAGUUGCCGAAGGUCGUCAAGGAGUUCAACGAGGUGGCACCUGUGCUCCACCGCCUGAUGGACUGGGUGGCGAGGUCCGCCGAGGCUGGCGAGCCGCCGGUGGCCGUCGUGGACUUGUGCAGCGGCUUCGGCUUCCUGUCGAUGUUCGCGUCUGAGCUGCUUCCCCCGAGCGCCGUCGAGAGGAUCUACCUCGUGGACGCGGCGUGGCCGAACCAGGGGCUGCCGAAGGGCACCAAGCACGCCCCCGGCACGCAGAGCGUCGACCACAUCUACGGCAACGGCGCGUGGCCCAUCCCGCUGGUCACGCUGUCCAUCGACGUGAAGAAGGGCUCGGACAUGCGCGGCCUCGCCCGCCACGUCAUCCGCGACCCCUGGCCGACCAUCAUCUGCGGGAUCCACCUCUGCGGGACGCUGUCCUCGAGGAGCAAAACAUGGCAUACACAUAAACGUUCUGAGUUGUUCAAGUCAUAAGCAUGCCUGCACCCGACAUGCACAUGGCGUAAGCAUGACGC